CUAGACUCAAAACAAGUUGGGAUUUGGAGUCUCUUCUUCUCCGAGUUUCCUGCACAUUUGCCUUGAGAGUACCACACUAAGCAAAGAGAGUACUAGGAUUCAAGACCCAGCUACAGCCUACAAGUCAAAGGAUAGAUUGGCAGGUAACAUUAAGUCAUUAACUAACCACCCCCAAGACAAGAAUUAUAUAUAGAUGUGGAUUUUCCUUUGAAAUGGGGCAGGGCAAGGACAUGUGAUUUUGAGUUUUCAUAACCACCAAUUUUCAGUAGUCAAGACUUUUGGCAAGCGUAAUCAAUGAGGAGUGCUUUUCUGCUUUGUAAUCACAUGCUGUGUGAUUUUUGUAAAGUGAGAGUAUUUAUGUAAUCCAAUAGUCUGAAAGUUUAUCCCAAGAAUCUGGUGAAAGAACCCUAACAUUACUCUCCAUACACAUGGUUUCAAAUGAGUGGCAUGGUGAUUGUAUCACCCAUGUGGGAUCGCAGGUCUUGCCUCUUGAUUCUGAUUAGAGUAAUACCAAGUCCCUUUCAUGGGCCAAGCUGCAAUUUCAUGGGUGGUGCCAUACCUGCUCAUAACCACUUUCCCUAAUCCCCAUUUAAGGAUUGGAUGAGACAGUAUUUUAUCAGACUGCAGAUUGAUCUAUCAUAUGAUUAUUAUUUAUGGAUAUGAAGUGGUGCAAAAGCUUCCAAGCAAGACAAAGACCAUACCUUAUAUAUUACAAAGGAAGGGACAGAAAGAAGUACAGGGAGAGAGAGAGAGAGAGAGAGAGAGAGAGAGAGGGAGGGAGAGGGAGAGAUAGGGGAGACGGAGAGAAGCAGCAUGACCUCCUAGAAAGGGAAACUCAGCUACCAUAAUACGUACACUGAUUUUCAUGUUUUCCAAUCCCAAUGGAAACACAAGCUCUCUAUACAUUUUAACAUCUACCAUCUCAUCUCUGUCAUUCACUUUAUCUCUCUCUCUCUCUAGUAAUUUCUUCUCUGUUCAUUGCUCUUUGUGCUCAUGGAAACCAACACCACUGCUACUCCUGCAAGUCCACCUGCAAACAACCAUACCCAUAUUCACCAUCACUCUCAUUCACAACCGGAUACCCAUCACCAUGGCAUUCUCCCCUCCGAUUCCAUGCUUGUUAUCAUCAUACCCACCAUCUCAAUUUUGCUCCUUGUUGCCAUAAUUGUAAUUGUAAUAAUGCUCCGGCGACUCAAAUCUGCAAAAAACAGAGGCAACAGCAAAAGCAAUAGCAGCAGCAGCGGAAACCAGAAUUGCAACUUCAUUGCUCAUACUGCUAUAAACUUCAAUUCUAGCCCAGAUGUGAAGAGUGGGUGUUUAUAUGGAGGAAGUUUGAUCCGUACACCUGCAAGUAGAUUUAAAGGAGUUCAAGUAUUCACAUACAAGGAGCUUGAAAUGGCCACAGAUAAGUUCAGUGAAGCCAAUGUGAUAGGGAAUGGAGGGUUCGGAGUGGUGUACAGAGGAGUCCUUAGCGAUGGGACUGUGGCAGCUAUCAAGGUGCUGCGCAGGGAUGGGAAGCAAGGGGAGCGUGCAUUCAGGAUGGAGGUGGACCUACUGACCCGUUUACACUCUCUUUACUUGGUGGAGCUGCUUGGCUACUGUGCAGACCAACACUACAGGCUUCUGAUAUUUGAAUACAUGCCUAAUGGUACAUUGCAAAGCCAACUCCACCCCUCCCACAACCAACAGAGAGUGUUGGAUUGGGGGACACGGUUGAGGGUGGCCCUUGAUUGUGCUAGGGCCCUUGAGUUCCUCCAUGAGCAUGCAGUCCCCUCGAUCAUUCACCGUGAUUUCAAGCCCAGCAACAUUCUCCUAGAUCAAAAUUUCAGAGCCAAAGUCUCUGAUUUUGGCUUGGCCAAGACAAGUUCUGACAAGAUCAAUAGUCAGAUUCCGACUCGGGUAAUUGGGACCACUGGAUAUCUAGCCCCCGAGUAUGCUUCAUCAGGAAAGCUUACUACAAAAUCAGAUGUGUAUAGCUAUGGUGUGGUUCUUCUAGAGCUCUUAACGGGCCGUGUACCACUUGAUACCAAGCGCCCCCCUGGAGAGGAUGUCCUGGUCUCAUGGGCUCUUCCAAGGUUAACUAACAGGCAAAAACUAGUGGAAAUGGUUGACCCAGCUCUACAAGGCCGCUACUCAAAGAAGGAUCUAAUUCAGAUAGCCGCUAUUGCAGCUGUGUGUGUGCAACAUGAAGCAGAUUACCGGCCCCUAAUGACAGAUGUUGUGCAGUCACUAAUCCCUCUGGUUAAGAAUCACUCUUCUGUUAGUUCCUCUUGUUCCUCCAGAUUUCAGAUGCUGAGCCCAAGGUAUUAGGAGCUUCAUGGAAGAUGCAAAAUCGAUCUGUUCAAAAUCCAAGCAACCCUUUCCAGGUUCAUCCCACAGAGACUCACUGAAAAUAUUCAGCAAUUUGUUAUUAAAAAAAAAGAAAAAGAUUCUAUGGAUUCUUUCAGACCCCAUUCAAUAUUUUCAUGUCUUUCAGCAGGGUUUAUGUGAUUGAGAGUCUUAGACAAGAGUCAUAGUUGGCCAGCCUGAUUUUUCAGCAUCUUAAAAGUCCCACUGUGCAUUUCAUGUUAAUACAGCUACGAGCUUUAGCAACAACCAUUACCAUUCACCAGAGCAAGUAACAUGAGGAGAGAAGCAAAACUUAUCAGAGAAGCCAGCAUCAAUACUCUGAAUCAGAAGGCAGCUUGGGAACUUGGCUUGGUACAUAAGAUGUUAUUGUCCUUUGUAAGCAACCAUCUUGAACCAUAGAAUAUCCUGUAAACCAAUUUAGGUAUGUUGUUAAAGAUUAGUGAAUCCAUUACUAGAUUCUUUGCUUGAGGUUCUGGAAUGAAAGAGACGAUUGCAGUC